AUGGAAAGAAAAAGAAAGGAAGGAGAGUUUAGUCAGGGAGUGACAGAGAAAGAAAAAGCAGAAUACUAUUUAUUAAGGAAAGGAAAGGAAAAAGUUGGUCGUGGUCAUGCAUGGGUGGGAUUCCCAAGGAAGAGAAUCGAAUCAGCACCACUUCUCUUUGCUGUUGUUGGCUCUUCUUUACAGUUUGCUCCUCUUCUCCCCUUUACCCUUCUCCAAGAGAAUGGAAGACAGAUAUCUUAUGGAUAUGUAGAGACUGGAACUGCAGAUCAUGCCAACACCUCAACUUCCAGAGGCGUGACUCGUGCCAACGUUGUGGGGACGCGAGGUCCGGAGGUGAUUUUGGAGGUUUUGGUGGGCGCGGUGGCUCAUCCUUUGGGUUCACCGGGUCGGAUGUUCGCCCAGGUGACUGGUACUGCGCUGCCGGCAACUGUGGGGCCCACAACUUUGCUAGCCGCUCAAGUUGCUUCAAAUGUGGAGUGUACAAGGAAAUUGACUCAGCCGGGGGCAUUGAUUCUGACUUUGCCCGCUCUAGAGGGUUUGGUGGGAGUACUACUGGAGGUGGCAAUCGAUCUGGAUGGAAAUCCGGGGAUUGGAUUUGCACUAGGUGGGGAUGCAACGAACAUAACUUUGCAAGCAGAAUGGAGUGCUUUAAGUGCAAUGCCCCAAGAGACCUUAGCAACAGAACUUCAUACUAGAUAUAAUUUCUCAAUUUCCGGGCUUCCUGCAGGAAGUGUAUCUUUCUAG